GGCGCUGAGGCGGAGGCGAAAGCGAAAGAAAUGCCCGGUUAUAAACUUUCCUUCACGGGGUUGUGGGUUAAAGAUGGGCGCUGAGGCGUUUAAACUUCCCUUCAGGAAAAAAAUCAGUGCGUGGCCGGAGAGGCAGAGCGGGGAAGCGGGAGCGGUGCGGAGCCCUCUGGGAGCUGCCCGUCGGAGGCUGCAGCCAGGCGGGGAUCGGCCGCUUCUGCCAGGGAACCAGCCAUAAGAGGAGAGGACACAGCCUGAGGCUGCAUCUGGGGAGGUAUCUCAAGAUGGAAUUUAGAAUUAAACACACGUGGGAUGGUUUGCCUGUGAGCCAUGAGCCGGUUACAAUUGGGCUGAGGCCGGAUAAUGCAGGAUUACUGAUGGAAGUUCAUGCUCCUUUCUUUAAUGACCCUCCAGCACCACCUGGAGAGCCAGGGAAACCUUUUGGUGGACUGUGGGACUAUGAGGUUGUAGAAGCAUUCUUUCUGAGUGACAGAACUGAGCAGUAUUUAGAAGUUGAGCUUUGUCCCCAUGGGCAGUACUUACUGCUGCUUCUUUCUGGCAGAAGAAAAGCAUGGAAAGAAGAACUUCCUUUGGAGUUUGAGGUGACCAGAAUGAAAACCAAAUGGGAGGGUAAAGCUCUUCUUCCCUGGAGUUAUUUUCCACCAUGCACUGACAAGUUCAAUGCCUUUGCAAUUCAUGGCUCAGGAGAAGAGAGAAAAUAUGAAGCACUUUAUCCUGUGCCUCCACACGAACUGCAGGAAGGACAGGAACCAGAUUUUCAUCGUUUGGAAUUUUUCAAAGACUUGAACCUGAAAGAACUGACAGGAGAAGACUGGAAGCAGCCUGAAUCAGAUAUAUGGAAAUCUCUCACUAAGUGAAUGGAUUGAGGCAUAAAUUUUUGUAAUGUUGAAGUUGGCUGAAGCUGUAUGGAAACAACAGCUUCCUCAUUCUGAGCAGAGGUUGUAGAUACCAGAUUAGCAAGGCUUUCCUUCGUGCUGAAAUCAUGGAUCAGUCUGGAAAUCCGCUGCAAAGCAUGUGGAUCUGUUGAUUCUAAAUGGAUGAAUGGCUUAUGUUUAAAUCCAUCUGGGUAUGGAGUUUUUCAUGUGUGCAAGGGAUGAAUCUGUUGCUGCCAGUGAAGGAGGAAAAAUGUGCUAAAAUUGCAGCUGUGUUUUCAUGAGAGCUCAGAAGUCUGACAAGGCCAAUACCUGGAUUGAAAUCUUCUGAUUUCCAAGAGUUGCUGCAUUGCUGCUGUAUUUUCACUGCUGCUUGUUUGUUUGUUGACUGCUGAAUGAGAUCCUUAUGUGCCUCGAUUUUUUUGCUUAUAAUCAGGAGGAAGAAUGCCUUGUUCAGGAACAGAGAAAAAAGUAGGUAUCAAGGAUUUUGGAAGCUCAGUACUUGUCCUGCAAGAGGUAUAACACUGCCCUUUCCUGUCUGUUCCUGUGCCUGAAGUUUUCUCUUGCUUAAUGCCAAAGGGGGAAAUUAUUCUGUCUCACAGACAUCUGUGUGGGCUUUCUAAUGGUGUUUAGGUGCAGAGGAUAGAUUUACAAAAGGUUUUAUGUAUUUUUCAGGUGAAGUUUCUGGGACAAAUCAUGCUUAGUAAAAUCUUGUGGUAUAGUUGUGUGCAUGCAGAAGUGGGUUUUUUCUAAGACUUGUCACAUCACUUUAAGAAUUAGUCUCAGAUGUCUGAGAAUUUUUUUUUUUUGCAUGCCACUGAGGGCUGGAGAUACUCUAGAUGUAUAUUUUCUAUGUAUAGGCAUGAGUCAUUUUAAAAUAGUGAAUAUUCUUAGCUGGCAACAUCUUAUCCGUAAACCCUCAAAAGAUUUACAAAUUAUACGUUCCUUUUUGUUGUCUAGCAUAGGUAGCAGUUGCUGCUUGAUUGUGGCUGCUGAUUUCAUCUUAUACAAAUUAACUUAGAAAAUGUGAAGCUUGCCCACUAACCAGAUCCUUGCUAGUAUGCAGUAAUAAACACAUUCUGAUGGUCCUAUUUUCUUUGCUGUCUUUCAGCUUUUUUAGCUGUAAGUUCUGCCUGAGAAGCAAAGAAGGUGGAAAUGUUCCACCUUUGUGGAGAAUAUCUCAGUGUGGUUAAUACCUGAGAUAGAAUGUUACUUUGCAGUUUUUGUGUAGCUUUAGAUUCCCUCUUGUAGUUCCAGUUUUAUAGAACUGUUCUUUCAGAUUUGAAGAUAUUACACUUUUUCUGUGGCAGGCUUUGGCGUGUCAGUGCACUCAGCCAUCCAAUUGCUGUUGCUCUGUUUCUAAUUAGACAAUGUAGGUUCCUUGCUGUAAAGUGCCAUCUGUUGAAAAUUGUAAGUAUUGUACAUUCAGUUGUUUGGCUUCUUUUCUACCUUCUAUCCAUGUACAGUUUUCUAUAGAAUGGCAUCAGUCUGAAAUACUGAAUAAUUGAAUAAAUGUUGAUUAAAGUAUUAUCUAGA